GUUUCUUUUUCAAGAAGCUGCGAGAGGCCAACAACGUGUUUGGCUACAAAAACGCAGUUGAACAAUUUUUGAUUUGGUUUUUUUACCAAAUUUACUUUUAAAACAAUACUGUGUUGUGAUUUGACAACGAACACAACAUGGUGCGUCACAACAAUCAGUUGCCUGACAAUUUGCCACAGCUUCAAAAUCUUAUAAAACGUGAUCCGGAUUCAUACAAGGAUGACUUCCAUCAACAGUAUCAGCACUUCCUUAGUAGUUUGGAAGUGUUUGCACUCAAUCCUGCAGAGGAGAACAAAUCUUUAGAUGAGCUGGUGAUGUUUAUAGCGCAGGUCGCGCAAUGUUAUCCGGUUGAAUGCGAGAAAUUCCCACAACAUCUAGUGGAUCUACUGAAGAAUCAUGCCACUACUUUGGAUCCCAUAAUGCGCAAUUGUUUUGUUAAGGCUUUGAUAUUGAUGCGUAACAAGAACUUGAUACCAGCCAUUGAUUUGUUAGAAUUGUUUUUUCAACUCUUAAGCUGUCCUGAUAAGAAUUUGCGUUCUUUUCUACAAACUCACAUCAUAAAUGAUAUAAAAAAUAUGAAUGCGAAACACAAGGAUAUGAAACUUAACUCGACUUUGCAAAAUUUCAUGUACUCGAUGCUGAAAGAUGCCAACCCAAAAGCUGCCAAGAUGUCGGUAGAUAUUAUGAUUGAGCUAUAUAAAAAGAAUAUUUGGAAUGACGAAAAAACCGUUAACGUUAUAGCAACAGUUGGCUGCUUUUCGAAAAUAAUGAAGGUGCUCGUAGCUUCCUUGAAAUUCUUCUUAGGACAUGACGAUGAAGAAAAGGGUUCCGAUGAUGAUGACAGCGAUAAUGAAGUGGACCUCAAAGGUGCUAUUAUGCAAAAUCGUGUCAAUAAAAAGACGAAGAAGCGUAAGAAGCAAUUGGAACAAAUUAAAAAGCAAGCCGUAAAAGCUCAGAAGAAAAAGAAGAAUGCGCCCGCAUUCAAUUUCUCCGGCAUUCACUUAGUGCACAACCCUCAAGGCAUGGCCGAUGGACUGUUCAAACAACUGCAGUCAACAAACGAACGUUUCGAAGUCAAACUGAUGCAUUUGGAUGUUAUUUCACGUCUCAUUGGUAUACAUGAGUUAUUCUUGUUCGGCUAUUAUCCAUAUAUAACCAGAUUUCUGCAACCACAUCAGCGACAAGUCACACGCAUUAUGCAGUUUGCAGCACAAGCUUCACAUGAAUUAGUGCCUGGCGAUAUUAUUGAACCAGUUUUGAAAACAAUUGCCAAUAAUUUCAUAACGGAACGUAAUUCCAGCGAUGUAAUGGCAAUUGGUUUAAAUGCAACACGUGAGAUCUGCAUGCGUUGUCCCUUGGCUAUGGGAGAGGACCUAUUGCAAGAUUUAGCUAUGUACAAGACGUACAAAGAAAAAUCUGUUAUGAUGGCUGCACGCUCGCUUAUUAUGCUAUAUCGUGAACAGUUACCGGCUUUGCUGCACAAAAAGGAUCGUGGUCGCUUGACAGAAGCGCAAGCGGAGCGUAAAAUACGCGCUUAUGGUGAGGUGGAAGUGCAUAACACGAUACCUGGAGCGGAAGCUUUGCUUAAAGACUCCAAAGAAAUCGAUCUGGGUAGUGAUGAUGAUGACAGCGACAACGAUUCCAACGAUGGAGAAUGGGUAAAUGUGUCGCAUAGCGAAGAUGAAGGUGCAAAUGUGGAAGAUGAUGACGAAGAAGAGGGUGAUGAUGAUGAUGAAGUUGACGAAGACGAUGAUGAAGAUGAAAGUGAAGAAGAGGAUGAUGAAAGCGAUGAUGAAGAGAAUGAAAGUGAAGAUGAGGAGGAUGAAGAUGAAGAAAACAAAAACACAGAGAAGUCACAAGCUAAAACCAGCGAGAAGAAAAAAAGGAAAAAUAGCGAGAAAAGUAUUGAAAAAGAUGGUGUACAAGUUCUCGACGUUAAAGAAGCAGCUCAAGAAUUAGCAAUGACUCGCAUUUUCACUGAUGAGGACUUCAAGCGCAUCAAUGCCGCUCAGCUCAAGAAAACCGUUACAAAUGCGCGUAAAAGACCGCUGGAAAAAGAUCGUGCAGAGUUUGUAAAACUAAAUAGCAUUGAAAUGAUUUAUAAGAAACGCAAACACGAUAAAGAGUCUAGAUUAGAAACAGUGAAGGCUGGACGGCAGGAUCGUGAGAAGUUCGGUUAUAAGGAUGGACGUAAGAAUGAAAAUUGUUCGAAAACUAAUCGUGAAAAUCGUAAAAAGAAGAACUUUGUGAUGAUGCGACACAAGGCGCGUGGCAAGGUGAAGAGAAGCUUCCAAGACAAGCAAAAGGCGAUGAGAAAACAUUUACUACAUCAAAAGAAAAUGAAAUAAGCUAUUCCACGGUAUAUUUUUUUUUUGUCUUGUAUAUAAUUUAUACAGUUUGAAUAAACUAAAUAAGUAAAUAUAAGAAAAUGUGAAAGUUCUAUUAAUCUAUUGAUGAUAAACAACACAAUCUAUUUAUUUUUAUGAGGUUUAUUUAUUUAGUUUUUAAAUACCUAAAUACAUGGAAAUCAUUUUAAAUAGA